AUGUCGCACUCUGUCAAGCAGCCAAUAGGUCAAAAGAGACUUACCAAUGUUGCGGUUGUCCGUCUGAAGAAGAAAGGAAUUCGUUUUGAGGUGGCUUGCUACAAGAACAAAGUGGUGAAUUGGAGGAACGAAGUUGAGAAAGAUUUGGAUGAGGUGCUUCAGACCACCACCAUCUUCAAUAACGUCAGCAAGGGCAUUCUGGCCAAGCGAGAAGACCUGGUGGAUGUCUUCGGCACGGAUGAUGAAGAGAAGAUCUGCGUCAGGAUCUUGGCUGAAGGGGACAUGCAGGUGUCAGACAAGGAGAGGGAUGUGGAGCUGUCCAGCAUGUUCAAGGAUGUGGCGAGCAUCAUUGCAGAGAAGUGCGUCAAUCCGAAUACACAGCGGCCCUACACCAUCUCCAUGAUCGAGCGUGCUCUGAAGGACGUCCACUUCUCAGUGGAUCCCAAGCGCGGUGCAAAGCAGCAAGCUCUACAUGCGCUUCAGCAGCUGAAGGAGAAAUUGCCCAUAGAGCGCGCCAGGAUGCGGUUGAGACUUCAGAUACCAGUCACAUGCAGGAACGACUUGAUGCAGCUCUUGGCCAGCCAACAGGCGACCAUAGAGUCUGAAGACUUGGCCCUGCACAACAGCCAGCUGACAGUGACAUGCCUGGUGGAUCCGGGAGCCUUCCGCAGCCUGCACACCUUUGUCCAGAGCUCCUGCGACGGGGAGGGCAGAAUGGAGGUAGUGUCACUGGCAGCCACUGAGGAG